GUAGUGAUGGCGUCUCUCACGGUGAAGGCCUACCUUCUGGGCAAGGAGGAGGCGGCCCGCGAGAUCCGCCGCUUCAGCUUCUGCUUCAGCGCCGAGGCCGAGGCGGAGGGCGCGGCCGGGCCCGGGCCCUGCGAGCGGCUGCUGAGCCGGGUGGCCGCCCUGUUCCCGGUGUUGCGGCCCGGCGGCUUCCAGACGCACUACCGCGAUGAAGACGGAGACUUGGUGGCCUUUUCCAGUGACGAGGAACUGACCAUGGCACUGUCGUAUGUGAAGGAUGACAUUUUCCGUAUUUACAUUAAAGAGAAGAAGGAGUGUCGGCGGGACCACCGCCCCCCGUGUGCUCAGGAGAUGCCCCGCGGCCUGGUGCACCCCAACGUGAUCUGCGACGGUUGCAAUGGGCCUGUGGUAGGGACCCGCUACAAGUGCAGUGUCUGCCCAGACUACGAUCUGUGUGCUGCCUGCGAGGGGAAGGGCCUGCACCGGGAGCACAGCAAGCUGGUUCUCCCUGCUGCCUUCGGGCCCUUCCCUGAGGGUUUCUCUCACAGCCGCUGGCUGCGGAAGCUGAAACACGGGCACUUUGGGUGGCCCGGCUGGGAGAUGGGCCCACCAGGGAACUGGAGCCCACGUCCUCCCCGGGCAGGGGACACCCGGCCCAGCUCUGCAGCAGAACCAGCUGCUGGUCCGUCGGAGGAUCCCAGUGUAAAUUUCCUUAAGAACGUAGGGGAGAGUGUGGCGGCUGCCCUGAGCCCUCUGGGCAUCGAAGUGGAUAUUGAUGUGGAACACGGGGGGAAAAGAAGCCGCCUCACCCCCGUCUCUCCAGGCAGCUCCAGCACCGAGGAGAAGUGUGGCUCUCAGCCGAGCAGCUGCUCUUCAGACCCCAGCAAACCGGACGGGGACCCGGAGGGCGUGGUGCAGUCCUUGGCGGAGCGGAUGGACAAGGUUGCCCUGGAGUCAGGGCCGCCCGAGGAGCAGAUGGAGUCGGAUAACUGCUCGGGAGGAGACGAAGACUGGACUCAUUUGUCUUCAAAGGAAGUGGACCCGUCUACAGGGGAACUCCAGUCUCUACAGAUGCCUGAAUCUGAAGGGCCGGGCUCUCUAGACUCUUCCCAGGAAGGGCCCACGGGACUGAAGGAAGCUGCGUUGUACCCACAUCUGCCACCAGAGGCUGACCCCCGGCUCAUCGAGUCCCUGUCCCAGAUGCUGUCCAUGGGCUUCUCCGACGAAGGCGGCUGGCUCACCAGGCUCCUGCAGACCAAGAACUACGACAUCGGGGCGGCGCUGGACACCAUCCAGUAUUCGAAGCACCCGUUGUGACGGCUUCUGCCCCCGGUCCCGUCCCCCUUCUUGUCUCCUGGUCGUGUUGAGCUAGUGUAGAACAGCGGGGCCCCUCUCAGGGCCAGUUUCUCUGCAUUCUUCUUCCAGAAUCUGGGGGUGGGGAUGCACCAGGCCAUCCAGGGCAGUAACGCAAGUGAUGGGAGGGGGAGGCCCAUGUGUGUGGCUGCUGAUG